GUCUCAUUGAGCUUUUCGAAGGCCACACAACAGCUCACGCACAAGGGGGGAAAGGUUCUUCUCAAAUACCCUUGAGCAACAUCGAGAACUCCCGUCAAGAUGCCGCCUCCCAUACCACGGGCGCCGAUAUGCUCCCUCCGGGACCAUCUCUCGUCAAGGGGCGCCAUCCCGGCCUCGAGAUGCAGCUCUUCUGCACUCAUGGCCCUCACCAACCACUCCCGAUUGCCGACCCAGGGCCACGCGUUCAGCACGACUCCCACCCCUAACAACCCCGCCACCAUCCCUCCCGAGUCCCCCAAGUUCAUCACCGUCCCCGAGCCGCCCCAGUCCUCCGAGACCCGCCUCCCCCCGAUCAGGGGCCACCUCCCCGUGCCGCGGCAGAUCUUCUCCAAGCGCGACGGCGCCCGCAAGGUCGCGCCCGGCUACAUGGAGCGGACGGCGCCCCGGGCGCAGGCCGAGCAGCUCGGCGAGCCGCCCCGCAACGACCUCGACGCCUGGCGGCGGCGGAUGGCCGAGUCGCGGCGGCGGUCCCUGGCCACGGGCCUCAAGGGUCUGUACCGGCGCAAGGAGCGGUCCGAGUCGCUGGGCCGGGCGCGCAGCACCGCCAAGUUCGAGGCGCACCGCCGCGCCGCCAUGGCCCCCGAGGGCCUGGACGACGUGCUGACGCGGCCCAGCGUGCCCGCCGCGGCGGCCCUGGGCGCGGCCCUGCAGCCCGACCCGGAGCGGUUCGCGGCGGCCGAGCGGAGCGCCGAGCGCACAGCCGCGCUGCGGCAGGCCAGGAGCGAGGCGCGGCGCGACGCGCUGGCGGAGCUGUACAUCUCGGCCAGGGACUUCAUCGUGACCGAGGAGGAGCUGCAGGAGGCCGUGGACAAGAUCUUCACCGACGACUACUUCCGGAAGCUGGGGUCCGUGGCCAUCGACUCGGCCAACAUCUGGGACGCCAGGGGGAGCCCCAUCACCAUCGCCGGCAUGGUCUCGGCCGUCAACCGCACCCAGACCAGCCUCCUCUCGGCGUCCCAGGCCGAGUCGACCAAGACGGCCAAGAGGCAGAAGGUCGUUGCCGAGGAGCUCACGGGUGGAAAGAUGCCUUGAGGCGUGUGUUGGGAGCAGAGCUGCAGCUCAACCUUUGUGUAUUGUGUAUAUCAAAUUCCAUACGACUAUCUACCCAUGUAUCACCACCGGCACUGUUACUAGCCAAAAGGCCAAACAAAGAAACAUGCAAAGACCCCAUGCUCCCAGGACCCAAAUGCCAUGGUUUCAUUUCCCUCUUGGGAAUGUUUCUGUACCUAGUCUAAAGGAAAUAUGGCGAGGAGAUCCUCACCCAAUAACGGUUAUGAACUCGCAUAUUAUGCCA